UAAGUUAUAUGAUAGGUAGGUUAGGAUAAGUAGGCGUCUCAAAAUUUUGACAUCGAUCAACAUUAAAUUUGAGUUCUUCUAAAUUAAUUCUGUUAAUAGAAUCGUUUCGGAGAUGAUUUCGAAGCACAGGGCUGGUUGCCAGAAAGGCCAUCACAGACGGCACAAGGAGAAACCGUUUGCUUUCUUCUACAACAGGUUUCCCAGAUAUGAAGAGAUGCAGUGUUAUAUGAGAAUGCUGAGUCGUCAAUUCAAGAAUUUUGCCAGGGUGGAAACUAUUGGCAAGAGCUAUCAAGGUAGAGAUAUCGAUAUGAUAGUUAUUUCGAAAUUUCGAAGUCGGAAAGAAAGACACGCCGCCUUUAUUGAUGCCAAUAUUCACGCUAGAGAAUGGCUUUCAAACUCGACCGUUCUUUACUUCAUCGAUUACAUAAUUCGGCAUCGCCAGAUCUUGAAUCUCAUGGACUUCUACAUUGUGCCUUGUUUGAACCCGGAUGGCUACGAAUACACGCACACCCAAGUAAGUUUAAUAGCGAUUUUUGUUACUUGAUUAUUAUUACUAUAUUUGUUGUAGAAUCGUUUGUGGAGAAAAAAUAUGAAUCCGAAUCACAGCUGGUGCGAGGAGAUGCAAGGUGUCGAUCUGAACAGGAAUUUUCCAUAUGGUUAUGGCCGUAAGUUUAUUACGUCGUCGGUACUUUAUAAUCCCAGCUUGGAUUUGUAGACGACCUUGAGCAAUCUGAGCUUUGUGACUGUCCGGAUAAUGUUUCAGUCCAGGGCAGCAGCAGUGAUAAAGCCAGC